AUGCCAUCAACGGGCCUCUUUGAACAUGACGUUCACAAGACCGGUGGUCACCAAUACCACCUGGAUGCCGACGCCACCCCGUCUGGCCAGUCUGAUGCCGAGAUCUCAGUCGGCGAGGAGAUCAAUGAACUAGCCAGGCGCUUGACAAGCGCAUCUCACCCUGGUGGCCAGGGCCACUCCUUGUUUCCUGAGCCUUCCGACAAGACACUCAACCCCAACAGCCCUGAGUUUGACGCUCGAAAAUGGGCCGCCGAGUUCUACAGGAUCCAGACUCAGGCACUGCUUGGCAACGCGCCAAACACCGCAGGUCUAGCCUUCAAAGAUCUUCAAGUGUACGGCUUGGGCACCACUAUGGACUAUCAGAAGACUGUUGGCAACUUCGUUCUCGAAGCAGCAUCGCUAUUCUCGCCGUCGAAGAGACAACAGCGUAUCGAUAUCCUUCACGGCUUGGAAGGCGUCGUCCAGAGCGGUGAGAUGCUCGCUGUACUGGGCCCCCCUGGAUCUGGCUGUACCACGCUUCUCAAGACCAUUGCUGGCGACACCCAUGGCUUUUAUAUCGCCGAUGGAGCGACUCUCAACUACCAAGGCAUCUCACCAGAGGAUAUGCGGACGAGCUUUCGGGGAGAAGCGAUCUACACUGCCGAAUUUGAUUACCACUUCCCCUAUCUGACAGUCGGAGAGACCCUUUACUUUGCUGCCAGGGCACGAUGCCCCCAGAACAUGGACCUCCCUGAUGGCAUCUCCAAGCACCAGUACGCGGAGCACCUGCGCGAUGUUGUGAUGGCAAUGCUUGGUAUCUCUCACACCAAGAACACCAGAGUUGGAGAUGACUUCGUGAGAGGCGUUAGUGGUGGUGAACGCAAGCGAGUGUCUAUCGCUGAGGCAGUUUUGAGCUAUGCCCCGCUCCAAUGCUGGGACAACAGCACAAGAGGCCUUGAUUCCGCGAACGCCAUCGAGUUUUGCCGGACUCUCCGAAUGCAGGCAGACAUCUUCCGCUGCAGUUCAUGCGUGGCCAUCUAUCAGGCGCCUCAGGAGGCGUAUGAUCUUUUCGACAAGGUCGUGGUCCUCUACGAGGGCCGACAGAUCUACUUUGGGAUGGCGACAGAGGCAAAGGCCUACUUCGAAGGCCUCGGGUUUCAAUGCCCUGAGCAGAAGACAACUGCCGACUUCUUGACGUCUAUGACCAGUUCUGCGGAGAGAGUGGUCCAACCGGACUGGAGUGGAAAGCCGCCGCCACGGAGCUCUGAUGAGUUUGAGCAGGCUUGGAGGGAGAGUCGAGAUCGCCAGCUGCUCCUCAAUGAGAUCGACCGUUUCGAAUGCGAAUUUCCUCUGGGAGGCGACACUCAUGCCAAGUUUUUGGCUACACGACGAGCGCACCAAUCCAAGCAGACCCGUCCGUCUUCGCCGUUCACCCUGUCGUUCUUUCAGCAGGUCAACCUCAAUCUCUGGCGCAGUUUCAAACUCUUGAUCAGCGAGCCAUGGAUGACGAUCACCAUGCUUUCCACCAAUUUCUUCGAAUCACUCAUUAUUUCCAGCAUCUUUUACAACUUGAAACCUGACUCGUCGACUCUGUUCAACCGCAUGCUCCUCAUCUUCUACACUAUCCUCAUCAACGCCAUGGGUAGUAUCUUGGAAAUCCUGACCCUCUACGGCAAGCGCAAGAUCAUCGAGAAGCAUGCGCGAUACGCCCUCUAUCACCCGAGCAGCGAAGCCGUAGCCGCCAUGCUUGUCGACCUACCCUACAAGCUGCUGAACUCGCUCUUCAUCAACAUCCCGAUCUACUUCAUGACCAACCUCCGACGUGAAGAUGCGGGUCCCUUCUUUUUCUUUCUGCUGUUCUCAUUCAGCAUCACGGUUUCCAUGUCCAUGAUCUUCCGCUUCCUCGGCUCGGUCACCAAGACGAUCGCGCAAGCAUUAGCACCCUCAUCCAUCAUUCUAUUGGCCUUGAUGCUAUUCAGCGGCUUCGCCAUUCCUCAGGGCUACCUUCACGAUUGGAUUGGUUGGCUACGCUGGGUCAACCCGGUGUUCUAUGCCCAGGAAAGUCUCGCACUGAACGAAUUUGUCGGGCGCAACUUCAGCUGCGCGCAGUUCGUCCCCUCAGGCGCAGGCUACGCUGCUUCUUUAGUGGAGCCCAGCGAGCGAGUGUGUGACAUUGGCGGUGCGGCGCCUGGUGCUAACUUCGUCAGCGGCGAGGAACAUCUUCGCGUUGUGUAUAACUUUGACCCGAGUCAUAGAUGGAGGAACUUUGGUAUCUUAAUGGCCCUCACGAUCUUCUUCAUGGUGUUGUAUCUUUUCGCCGUUGAGUGGGUUUCUUCUGAGAGAUCUAAGGGCGAAGUCCUUGUUUUCACCCGCAACGCCCUGAAGAAGGUGAAGCGGGCCACGAAAGACGUGGAGAACACCGGCAUCAGCCACUCGUCGUCGACAACUCAGAACCAGAGUGACAGCGACAGCCCGGACAUCGCGAAGCAGACUUCGGUGUUCCAUUGGCAGGAUGUGUGCUACGAGGUACAGGUCAAGAGCGAGACUCGAAAGAUUUUGCAGCACGUCGACGGAUGGGUCAAGCCAGGCACUUUGACUGCUCUGAUGGGUGUUUCGGGUGCUGGUAAGACCAGUCUUCUUGACGUGCUCGCCAGCCGCGUGACGAUGGGAGUCGUGAGCGGUCAGAUGCUCGUUGACGGUCAUCUACGAGAUUCUUCCUUUCAGCGCAAGACGGGCUAUGUAACCCAGCAGGAUCUCCACCUCCACACCGCAACCGUUCGAGAAGCCUUGAGCUUCAGCGCUGUUCUGCGACAACCUCAGCAGUACAGUCGGGAGGAGAGACUGGCCUAUGUCGAUACCGUCAUCGAUCUUUUGGGAAUGCAGGAAUAUGCCGACGCCGUGAUUGGCGACCUAGGCGAAGGACUCAACGUUGAGCAACGCAAACGCCUAACCAUCGGCGUCGAACUAGCUGCGCGCCCUCAACUGCUUCUUUUCCUCGAUGAACCCACGUCUGGCUUGGAUACCAUUCUCUGCACGAUUCAUCAGCCAUCAGCGUCCCUUUUUCAGAGAUUCGAUCGGUUACUACUGCUGGCCAAGGGAGGGCGCACCGUUUACUUCGGCGACAUCGGCCGCAACUCCCAUGUUUUGAUUGACUACUUCAGCCGUCAUGGUGCCCCAGCCUACAAGCCUGGGUCGAACCCAGCUGAGUACAUGCUCGAGGUGAUCGGGGCAGCGCCAAAGGCCCACACCGACGUUGACUGGCCGGCUGUGUGGCGUGAGAGUCAGGAAUACCAGUCGGUGCAGAAGGAACUUGCGAGGCUUUCGGGUAGCCAAGACGAGAAAGGCACACAGUCCACCGCUGAGGUUCAUGACUCUGCGGCGUAUGCUGAGUUUGCGGCGGAUUUUCGAACACAAGUGCGGGAGGUGACGACAAGGGUCUUCCAGCAGUAUUGGAGAAGCCCAUCUUACAUCUUCUCGAAGUCGGUCGUCACGUUUGGUUCGGCACUGUUCAUUGGCUUUACUCUCCUGGGUAACGAGAACACCGAGCGUGGUCUCAAGAACCAGAUGUUCGGCGUCUACAUCUUCCUUUUUCUGUUCAAUCAACUGGUCCAACAAAUCAUGCCCGCCUUCGUUCAUCAACGGACGAUGUACGAGGUUCGCGAGAGACCGGCGAAAGCGUAUUCAUGGAAAGCCUUCAUAUUAGCAAACAUCAUCGUUGAGAUGGCUUGGAACUCGCUCAUGGCCGUGUUCUCAUUCCUGUUCUGGUACUUCCCCAUGCGCCUCGACCUGAACGCAGAGUGGACGGACGCAGUGCACUCACGUGCGGUCACACUGUUCUUGAUAUGCUGGGUCUUCUUCCUGUUCUCAAGCACCUUCGCCCACCUCCUCAUUUCAGGUCUGGGAAGCGCAGAGGUAGCCGGUGGCAUUCUCAACCUGAUCUUCAUCCUCAUGUUCGCCUUUUGUGGUGUUCUCGCAGGGCCUACCGAGCUCCCAGGCUUCUGGAUAUUCAUGUACCGAGUCAACCCUCUGACCUACGUCGUCGAAGGCUUUCUCAGCGUGAGUCUCGCAGACGCGCCUGUCACCUGCAGUUCCAACGAACUGCUGGAGUUCAGUGCUCCAGGUGGUAGUACAUGUGGCGACUACAUGGCGUCGUACAUCCAGAGCAACGGCGGCUAUGUCGUCGAUGGGAAUGCGACUUCUUGCCAGUACUGCGGUAUGGCCGGUACGAACGACUUUUUGUCCAGCAUGAACAUUAGCAUCGACAAUCGGUGGCGCGACUUUGGUUUCAUCUGGGCGUAUUGUAUUUUCAACAUUGCUGCUGCAGCGGGAUUGUACUGGCUUGUGAGGGUACCCAAGAAUGACUUCAAGAAAAGAAGUUAG